AUGACCCCAGCCGGGGUCAUAAGUUGUGAACAACUUCACAUUGACAAUGCAGAGAUUACCCACAAUGAAAAGGACACUUACAGGAUCAAUGAACAGGUUCAGUAUGCAUGCAGGAACGAUGCUGAAGUAAUUUUCACUGUUACCUGUAAGCAAAGAGGCUGGACUGGGAUAGUUGACUGUCCAGAUCCUUCGGAUUGUGAGAAGCCACCACCCAUUGCAGAUGGAGACACAACACACAGUCUUCUAAACAAAUACCGCCAUGGAGAUUGGGUUCAAUAUAGCUGUCAGAAUUUCUACAUCAUGGAGGGUUAUCCUUACAAAAGGUGCAUCAACGGGGAAUGGGAUGGACAGAUGACGUGUCUAAAACCCUGCACUGUGGACAGAGCGGCCAUGAACUCACAUAACAUUACCUUCAGAUAUAAACGAGACGAUAAGAUGUAUUCACCCCAUAAUGAUCAUAUCACUUUCGUGUGUACCAGAGGAAAAACACAAGUCGGCACAUUGGAAAUGCGUCAGAGGUGUGUUGAUGGUGUGAUGCAACUGCCCACAUGCCAGUAA